AUGGCGACCGGCGUCACGACCAAAGAAAGCUUUAUCUCUUCCAAGGUUAGCUUAGAUAACAAGUACCUUACCACUGCGUUUCGUCAAAGCCCAGAUCGCACUCAGGAACGUUAUAAAGAAGUAAUGCAAGAUACACUUCCUUUGAAGGAAGAAAAAAUUGUGUUAAUUCCGACACGUUUACGCGAACUUCUUGCCAACACGUCAGACGAAAUAACGGUAAAACUAGGCUGCUUUCCUUAUACGAACCUGGUGUACUUUACCGUGAAUGACAACCUAUUCAUAUGGGAAUAUGAGAAAGGAAAUGAUGAUAACGCUAUCGGUCACAUAGACGUGCAUCCCCUACAGGAUCUUUAUAUAAAAUGCGUGGGUCUGGCCAAGCCGAGACCUGGACGUUUCAUCGAUGAUGCGCAAUAUGUAUUGGUUAUCGUCACGGACAAAUCGAUUUACGUCUUUGGAUUAAGCAAUACCCCCACAGGGAUAGUUUUCCAUGAUAUGUCAUCAGAUAGGUACCGAGCGAACUAUAGUAAAAAAACUGUGGAAUCGAUCGUUGGCACCGAGGAUGGGCGUAUUUUUCUGAUCGAUUCCGGGGAACUCUGUGAGCUGGUCUAUGAGGAUGAGGGUUGGUUUUCUCAUCCUUGCAGGUUAGAGAUCCAAUCGCUAAGCACGUUUAAUAAGCAUUGGCGUUAUAUUUCAAAUUAUUCAUCACGUCUUAGGUCUGCCGUGGUUGAUGACACGCGUAGGAUAUUAUACGUAAUGUCUGACAGUCAUAUAGAGGCGUUUCAUAUUACCAAGGAUGGAGGUCCCUUAAGACAUUUAGGAAGAUGGUCCAUCAACGAGGACAGAUCCGGCUUGAGAGGAACGCUUGCCUCUAUGCAUCCAAUCUACGUUACUGAGUCUGCGUUCUAUUGCCUCGUGGCUGUCACAAGCACAGGCCAACGUGGAUACUUUACUUGCUAUGCCAUUAAUAGGGGAUACAAUUGGGUGACAGACACACUACCAUUUAAAAAUAAAGAACCUAAUAGUUUGAUUUUAUACGAGGUUCAUGAUCCCCCACCGCAACCUCCAGCUCAGGUUGCCCAACAAAGUACUACUGGAUUUUCGAUGUUUAAAUAUUUCCACGGGGUAUUUUUUGCUUUAAGAAGAGAGGGCGCGUCGCAUGUCGUGACCACCACCAGCCCAAACCAUGGCUCGAUGUUUUUGAGAAUCAGCCAGAACCAAGAGCUGAUAUUUUCCGAGCAUCUCUUUAUAUUUCCUUAUCACAACAUUUAUGAAAUUCAAGAGAUCAUUAAUCCGUUAUAUGAUCCCAAA